GUGCUCCUCCCUUCAUCUCAGACAUUUCUCACGCACAAUCCCUGGGGAACUGCAGUGAUGGACCUGAAGAAGUUUUGCCUGAGUGACAACUUCCAGUUUCUAAACCAGCACAAUCUUUUGGAUGCGUCCACCUCUGAUGACCCUCCGUCCCCGACCGAUGCGCCGCUCAAAGCCGCCCCGCUGAGCCCCUCGUUCGGCCUGGACAGCAGCGCGACCCCCUUCAGCCCCGGCAGCGCGUCGGACAGCAGCGGCUACAGCGUUUUCUCCGGGAACCCGUCUCUGAACCCGGACUCCCCCGUCAGCUCCAGCUCCAGCUCCAGCAGCAGCGCUGCGGCUCUCUUCCAGCCCGUCGGUCACACGGAGUCCCUGCUCGGCUGCGACUACAUCGCGUCCCUGAACCCCGGGCCCAAGCGCCUGUGCCUGACUCAGUGUGCUGCUGUUUUAAUCAUUCUGAGUGACAACUUCCAGUUUCUAAACCAGCACAAUCUUUUGGAUGCGUCCACCUCUGAUGACCCUCCGUCCCCGACCGAUGCGCCGCUCAAAGCCGCCCCGCUGAGCCCCUCGUUCGGCCUGGACAGCAGCGCGACCCCCUUCAGCCCCGGCAGCGCGUCGGACAGCAGCGGCUACAGCGUUUUCUCCGGGAACCCGUCUCUGAACCCGGACUCCCCCGUCAGCUCCAGCUCCAGCUCCAGCAGCAGCGCUGCGGCUCUCUUCCAGCCCGUCGGUCACACGGAGUCCCUGCUCGGCUGCGACUACAUCGCGUCCCUGAACCCCGGGCCCAAGCGCCUGUGCCUGGUGUGCGGAGACUUCGCGUCCGGCUAUCACUACGGCGUCGCGUCGUGUGAGGCGUGCAAGGCUUUCUUCAAAAGAACCAUUCAGGGAAACAUCGAGUACAGCUGUCCGGUGGUGAACGACUGUGAGAUCACUAAGAGACGGAGGAAAUCCUGCCAAGCAUGUCGUUUCCAGAAGUGCCUGCGUGCCGGCAUGAUGAGAGAGGGUGAGCUCCUCUGUGAUCUCUACACGGCUCUGAGACACCUGACCUCCAAAUACCAGCAGAUGGGCCUCAACCAGGAGGAGGUGCUCACUCUCAAAGCCAUGGCUCUGGCCAACUCAGGUAUAUCUAUAUAUAAACCUCUUACAUUACCUCUUAAAUGAUUAAAGUGUAAGC